AUGGCCUGGAUGUGGACAUGUCUGAAGGUAAUCGCCUUUGCGAUCUUCUCUCUGACGGUGAAAAUGAACGACGUGUGGCAUCCCAUCAGCGAGCUGCCAGUGGGCUGCGCCCAUGAUGCGUUGCCCGGCAACCACUCGGGGAUCAAGGUGCUGAUUAUUGGCUUGGCCAAGUGCGGCACUCGCACCAUUUGCCACGCCUUGAACGAAGUGGGUGUGCGGGCCUACCACAGCGAGGACUUUCACUUCUUGCCCUGGUGGGACUUCGUGCACGACGUGCGCAAAGAAGGAGGCCCCCAUGCACAGCUACCUGCAGCAUUGCUUGCGCAGGAGAUGCUGCAGGACCAAGCCCUCGCCGGAAGGCUCAUGCAGAAGAUCUCCAAGUGCCGCAUGGGCGCCGUGGCUUUGGAUGGCCUUGAGAUACUCACGGAGCCGAUCAUUAAGCACAGCCCCGGCGCCAAGGUCAUCGUUCUGAACUGGCGUACGUUCCCAGAGUGGAAGAAGUCGCUGGAGAAGUUUAUUCCGAAGCUGGUUGUCAUGUGCCUCCACAACUUGUUCACUGGCGCUUCACUAGGACUUUUGCCGUGGCUGGCGCUGCUGCGGCCCUUGGAUCGGCUGCUCUCCUCCCCUGUGGAGGGCGUGCUGCGCGAGGGAGGGCCGCCCAUCACCGAGGUCUCGGGGCCUUUGAUGUGGAUGUAUCACCAGAGUCUGAACCACAGACGCCAGUAUGAAUGCUGGGCGGAGCCAACAACGACGGUGUAUCCUGAAUCGGAGGACGACUUCAAAAGCUUCUAUGCGGACACGAUGAAGCAUUUUAGCAAGGAUGACAUCUUCGAGUGGGACCCGCGCAAGAACACCAUGACAGAGCUUUGCAAGUUUCUGGGGAUUGAGCCAUGCCCGAAGACAGGCAAAGUACCAAGAGCUAUCAACACCUGGAUCUUCGAGCGGGACUUUCCGAUAGCUGCACAAGCCGUCAUCGUACUAAGGUUCUUCUUAUACUGGGUCAACUGGAAGCUCUUUGCAGCCUUGCUUUCUGCGCUCAUGCGUUGCUUCCGAAAGUCCAAAUCCGAGUAA